CACCGCUACCUCGCCUAGGCCGCUGCGCCUGUCCCGGCCGCCAUGGCUGGGGGCCGCGGCGCCUUUGGACGCGGCCGGGCUGAACCGCAAGAGAGCUAUUCGCAGCGACAGGACCACGAGCUGCAGGCCCUGGAGGCCAUUUACGGCUCGGACUUCCAGGAUCUGCGGCCGGAUGCGCCUGGACCGGUGAGAGAGCCUCCUGAAAUCAAUUUAGUUUUGUACCCCCAGGGCCUAGCUGGUGAAGAAGUGUACGUGCAGGUGGAGCUGAGGGUUAAAUGCCCACCAACAUACCCAGAUGUAGUUCCUGAAAUAGAGUUAAGAAAUGCUAAAGGCCUGUCAAAUGAAACUGUUAACUUGUUAAAAUCACACCUGGAAGAACUGGCCAAAAAGCAGUGUGGAGAGGUGAUGAUAUUUGAACUGGCACACCAUGUACAGUCGUUUCUCAGCGAGCAUAACAAGCCCCCUCCAAAGUCUUUCCAUGAAGAAAUGCUGGAGAGGCAGGCUCAGGAGAAGCAGCAGAGGUUGCUGGAGGCCAAGCGGAAGGAGGAGCAGGAGCAACGUGAAAUCCUCCACGAGAUUCAGAAAAGGAAAGAGGAGAUCAAGGAAGAGAAGAAAAGGAAGGAAAUGGCUAAGCAGGAGCGUUUGGAAAUUACUAGUUUGACAAACCAGGACUAUGCUUCUAAGAGAGACCCAGUAGGACACAGGGCAGCCGCCAUUCUCCAUGGAGGUUCUCCCGACUUUGUAGGAAAUGGUAAAGCCCGGGCACACUCCUCAGGAAGGUCCAGGCGAGAACGUCAGUAUUCUGUCUGUAGUGGUGAAGCCUCUCCUGGCUCGUGUGACAUCCUCUAUUUCUCUGUGGGGAGCCCUGAUCAGCUCAUGGUGCACAAAGGGAAAUGUGUUGGCAGUGAUGAGCAACUGGGGAAGGUGGUAUACAAUGCUUUGGAAGCAGCCACGGGCAGCUUUGUCUUGUUGUAUGAGUGGGUCCUUCAGUGGCAGAAGAAGAUGGGCCCUUGCCUUACCAGUCAAGAGAAAGAGAAGGUCGACAAGUGUAAAAAGCAGAUUCAAGGAGCAGAAACAGAAUUCAGCUCCCUAGUGAAACUGAGCCAUCCAAAUAUUGUCCGAUACUUUGCGAUGAACUCCAGAGAGGAGGAGGACUCCAUUGUGAUCGACAUUUUGGCAGAGCACAUCAGUGGGAUAUCUCUCGCUGCACACCUGAGCCACUCUGGCCCAGUCCCCGUACACCAGCUGCGCAAGUACACAGCCCAGCUCCUGGCAGGCCUGGAUUACCUGCACAGCAACUCUGUGGUGCACAAGGUGCUGAGCGCGUCCAGUAUCUGGGUAGAUGCCGAGGGCACUGUAAAGAUAACAGACUACAGCAUCUCUAAGCGCCUGGCAGACAUUUGCAAGGAGGAUGUAUUUGAGCAAACUCGAGUUCGUUUUAGUGACAAUGCCUUGCCUUAUAAAACUGGAAAGAAAGGGGAUGUGUGGCGCCUUGGCCUUCUGCUGUUGUCUCUUAGCCAAGGACAGGAGUGUGGGGAGUACCCAGUGACCAUCCCCAGUGACCUGCCAGCUGACUUCCAAGACUUCCUGAAGAAGUGUGUUUGCCUGGAUGACAAGGAAAGAUGGAGCCCUCAGCAGCUGCUGAAACACAGCUUUAUAAACCCUCAGCCAAAAAUGCCUUUGGUGGAGCAGAGUCCAGAAGAUUCCGGGGGACAAGAUUACAUUGAGACCGUCAUUCCCAGCAACCAGCUGCCCAGCGCUGCGUUCUUCAGUGAGACACAGAAACAGUUUUCCCGAUACUUCAUUGAGUUUGAAGAACUACAACUUCUAGGGAAAGGAGCUUUUGGAGCUGUCAUCAAGGUGCAAAACAAGCUUGAUGGCUGCUGCUAUGCUGUGAAGCGCAUCCCUAUCAACCCUGCAAGCAGGCACUUCCGCAGGAUCAAGGGUGAGGUGACGCUGCUGUCGCGCCUGCACCAUGAGAACAUUGUGCGCUACUACAAUGCCUGGAUCGAGCGGCAUGAGCGCCCAGCGGUGCCAGGGACACCACCCCCAGACAGCACACCCCAGGCCCAGGACAGCCCAGCCACCUGUGGGAAAGCAUCAGGCGACACUGAGGAAGUAGGCAGCGUGGAGGCUGCAGCACCACCACCCAUCCUCAGCAGCUCGGUGGAGUGGAGCACAUCUGCAGAGCGCUCUACCAGCGCCCGCUUCCCAGUCACAGGCCAGGACUCCAGCAGCGAUGAGGAGGAUGAGGAUGAGCGCGAUGGCGUCUUCUCACAGUCCUUUCUACCUGCUUCAGAUUCUGAUAGUGAUAUCAUCUUUGACAAUGAAGAUGAAAACAGUAAAAGUCAGAAUCAGGAUGAAGACUGCGACCAAAAGGACAGUUGCCAUGAGAUUGAGCCGUCAGUGACGACCGAGGCUGUGCACUACCUUUACAUCCAGAUGGAGUACUGUGAGAAGAGCACGCUGCGGGACACCAUUGACCAGGGGCUGUUCCGAGACACCAGCCGCCUCUGGAGGCUCUUCCGAGAGAUUCUGGAUGGAUUAGCUUAUAUCCAUGAGAAAGGAAUGAUUCACCGGGAUCUGAAGCCUGUCAACAUUUUUUUGGACUCUGAUGACCAUGUGAAAAUAGGUGAUUUUGGUUUAGCAACAGACCAUCUGGCCUUCACUGCUGAAGGUAAACAGGAUGACCAGGCAGGUGAUCGGAUGCUUAAGUCAGACCCUUCAGGCCAUUUGACUGGCAUGGUUGGCACUGCUCUGUAUGUAAGCCCUGAGGUCCAAGGAAGCACCAAGUCUGCAUACAACCAGAAGUCUGUCAUCUCCUGGCUGUUGAACCAUGACCCAGCUAAACGGCCCACAGCCAUGGAACUGCUCAAGAGUGAGCUGCUCCCCCCGCCACAGAUGGAGGAGUCCGAGCUACAUGAAGUGCUGCACCAUACGCUGGCCAACAUAGACGGGAAGGCCUACCGCACCAUGAUGAACCAGAUCUUCUGCCAGCACAUCUCCCCCGCCAUAGACUAUACCUACGACAGUGACAUCCUGAAGGGCAACUUCUUGAUUCGCACAGCCAAGAUCCAGCAGCUUGUAUGUGAAACCAUCAUCCGCGUCUUUAAAAGGCAUGGAGCUGUCCAGCUGUGCACCCCGCUGCUGCUUCCCCGAAACAGACAAAUAUAUGAGCACAACGAAGCCGCUUUGUUCAUGGAUCACAGCGGCAUGCUGGUGAUGCUUCCUUUCGACCUGCGGGUCCCUUUUGCAAGAUAUGUGGCAAGAAAUAACAUACUGAAUCUAAAACGAUACUGCAUAGAGCGAGUGUUCAGACCUCGGAAGUUAGACCGGUUUCAUCCCAAAGAACUCCUGGAAUGCGCAUUCGAUAUCGUCACUUCUACAACCAACAGCUCUCUGCCCACUGCCGAAACCAUCUACACCAUCUACGAAAUCAUCCAGGAGUUUCCUGCACUUCAGGAAAGAAAUUAUAGCGUUUACUUGAACCAUACAAUGCUCCUGAAGGCAAUACUCCUACACUGUGGGAUCCCAGAGGAUAAACUCAGUCAAGUCUACGUUAUUCUGUACGAUGCUGUGACAGAGAAACUGACUAGAAGAGAAGUAGAAGCUAAAUUUUGUAACCUGUCCUUGUCUUCUAAUAACCUGUGUCGACUCUACAAGUUCAUCGAGCAGAAAGGGGAUUUGCAAGACCUAAUGCCAACAAUAAACUCACUAAUAAAACAGAAAACAGGUGUUGCUCAGUUAGUGAAGUAUAGCUUAAAAGAUCUAGAGGAAGUUGUCGGGCUGCUGAAGAAACUCGGCGUGAAGUUACAGGUCUCCGUCAACCUGGGCUUGGUUUACAAGGUGCAGCAGCACACUGGUGUCAUCUUCCAGUUCCUGGCAUUCAGCAAACGCAGGCAGAGGGUUGUGCCUGAGAUACUUGCCGCUGGUGGCAGAUACGACCUGCUGAUUCCCAAGUUCAGAGACCCACAGGCUAUGGGGCCAGUCCCUACUGCUGUUGGUGUCAGCAUAGCCAUAGACAAGAUAUUCGCUGCUGUCCUCAACAUGGAAGAGCCUGUUACAGUGAGCUCCUGUGACCUCCUGGUUGUCAGUGUUGGCCAGAUGUCCAUGUCCAGGGCCAUCAACCUAACCCAGAAACUCUGGACGGCGGGCAUCACUGCAGAAAUCAUGUAUGACUGGUCACAGUCCCAGGAAGAAUUGCAAGAGUACUGCAGACAUCAUGAAAUCACCUAUGUGGCCCUGGUCUCCGAUAAAGAAGGAAACCAUGUCAAGGUCAAGUCCUUUGAGAAGGAGAGGCAAACAGAAAAACGAGUGUUGGAAUCAGAACUUGUGGAUCAUGUCAUGCAGAAACUAAGGACCAAAGUUGGUGACGAAAGGAAUUUCAGAGACGCUUCUGAUAAUCUUGCCGUACAAACUCUGAAGGGGUCGUUUUCUAAUGCUUCAGGUUUGUUUGAAAUCCAUGGAACAACAGUAGUCCCCACCGUGAGUGUUCUAUCACCAGAAAAGCUGUCAGCCAGCACCAGGAGGCGACAUGAGAUUCAGGUACAAACCCGACUUCAGACCACCCUCGCCAAUUUACAUCAAAAAAGCAGUGAAAUUGAAAUUUUGGCUGUGGAUCUACCCAAGGAAACAAUCUUACAGUUUCUAUCAUUAGAGUGGGAUGCAGAUGAACAGGCAUUUAACACAACUGUGAAGCAGCUGCUGUCACGCCUGCCAAAGCAAAGAUACCUCAAACUUGUCUGUGAUGAAAUUUAUAACAUCAAAGUUGAAAAGAAGGUGUCAGUGUUGUUCCUGUACAGCUACAGAGAUGACUACUACAGAAUCCUAUUUUGACCCUAAAGAACUGUUGCUGUAUUGUUCAAAUGGACAUGGACUUAUACUGGAAUAGUGGAAUGUUGUGCAUUCAAUUCAUUUUAACUUUAAAUUCUAAUAUGCUGUCCUACAAAGCUGAGCUUUGUCGGGUUUUCAUGUGUUAUAAAUGUACCUUUUUGAUAUAAUAAAUGUUUUCAUAUAUAUCUGCUGUUGUCCAGUUGCAGUUCUGCCAAUACUUGAGGUUAUAUGGAGCUGGAGAAGAAAACAAACUUGUUUUUCCUUUGAUCCUAAACACUAAGCAUGUACAAAUGUCCUAACAUUUACAUCCUCCUAGUAGACAAAGAGGCAGGUAUCAAAAAUCAUCCCUGUGAUCUGUUCUGCCUCUGUAGCUAGAUGGGAGGACAGAACAGGGUCUCCCUAUGCAUCCCAAGCUGGCCUCAAACUCACAAUCAGCCUCCUCCAAACCACUGAGAUUACAGGGUUAUGCCACCACGCCAGGCAGACUCUUUAUUCUUGAUGAUUCUCUAAUAUUUAUCCUAAUGUCAUUAAGCAAUGAUAAUUAAUGAUAAAUAUUGUCCUGUUUGGCUAUGAGAAAGACUGGCUGAAGGAAUUAAGGUCCAGGGAGACGGCUCAGCAGUACAGCUCAGCAGUAAAGAUGCUUGCUAUCAAGUCCAGUAACUUGAGUUCAAUCCCAGACACGUGUGGUACGAGA